AAACCACGGUAUAUUUACUUCUUGCUUUAUUAUAGCCUCUGGGCACUUGAAGAAGCUUUAGGGUCGCCAUUGGUUUGGUCCUUCCGAAGAAAUGGACCACCCGGUGGCUCGGUCCUUGGCGUCGGGGUUUACCCCAACAUAUUAUAACUUGGGUAAUGGUUCCGUUAUCGUCCCGGAGAAUGAGUGUUUUUGCAUGGAAUGGACGAAGUCAAAGGGCUCAGACAUAGAGAUGAAGGUCGCCAAUGGAUUGCAAUGGGCUGCAUUCGCCCUCUCCGUUGUCAUUCUUAUCUUCUACGCUUAUGAGACCUGGAAAACAACAUGUGGUUGGGAGGAGGUGUACGUUUGCUGCCUUGAGUUGACCAAGGUCAUCAUCGAGUUCUUCCAUGAGUUCGACACGCCCUGCCUGCUUCACCUGUCAAGCGGCAACCGAGUACUAUGGCUUCGAUACAGCGAAUGGCUGAUGACGUGUCCUGUCAUUCUGAUCCACCUCUCCAACUUAACCGGCUUGAAAAAUGAUUACAAUAAACGGACCAUGCGCCUGCUGGUAUCUGAUAUCGGCACCAUUGUGUGGGGUGCCACGGCAGCCAUGUCCACCGGUUAUGUACGGGCUAUCUUCUUCGUGCUCGGCUGCAUGUACGGUGCGAACACCUUUUUCCACGCUGCCAAGGUCUACAUCGAGUCCUACCACACGGUGCCCAAGGGUCGAUGCCGCCUGGUCGUCCGCGCUAUGGCCUGGUUGUUCUUCGCGUCGUGGGGCAUGUUCCCGGUUCUCUUCCUGCUGGGGCCCGAGGGCUUUGGCCACAUUAGCCUCUACGGCUCCACCAUUGGGCACACCGUCAUCGACCUGAUGUCCAAGAACGGCUGGGGUAUGCUGGGCCACUACCUGCGUGUCAAGAUCCACGAGCACAUCCUGCUGUACGGCGACAUCCGCAAGACCACCAAGAUCAAGGUGGCGGGUGAGGAGCUGGAGGUGGAGACCAUGGUGGCGGAGGAGGACGAAGACACCGUGAAGAAGGGCACCGGGCAGUACGCCAGUCGCGAGUCCUUCAUCGUCAUGCGCGACAAGCUGAAGGAGAAGGGCUACGAGGUCCGAGCCUCGCUGGACGCCUCCGGAGUCGACAACCACAACCCCCCCGCCGGCAAGGCCGCCCUCGAGAUGGGCAAGAUGCAGGGCGGCGGUGGCCUCGACGCCAACAUGAUGGGUGGCAUGGGCGGCGUGGCGGGCGGCAUGCCCAGCAUUGCCCCCGGCCGUGUCAUCCUCGCCGUCCCCGACAUCUCCAUGGUGGAUUUCUUCCGUGAGCAAUUCGCGCAGCUGCCCGUUCCCUACGAGGUCGUCCCCGCGCUGGGAGUCGACAACACGCUGCAGCUGGUGCAACAGGCCGCUGCGCUGGGUGGUUGUGACUUUGUGCUCAUGCACCCCGAGUUCUUGCGGGACCGCAGCCCGGCUGGGCUGGCAGGUCGGCUGCGAACCAUGGGUCAGCGCACCGCCGCGUUCGGUUGGGCGCAGCUGGGGCCGGUUCGUGACCUGAUUGAGAGCUCCGGGCUGGACGGGUGGCUGGAGGGACCGAGUUUCGGAGCGGGAGUGAGCUUGCAGAGCCUGGCGGUGCUGAUUGCGCGCAUGCAGCAGAAGAAGAUGGCGGCCAUGAUGGGCGGAGGCAUGAUGGGUGGCGGCAUGGGAAUGGGUGGCAUGGGGAUGGGUGGUGGUGUGAUGGGCGGCGCCAUGGGUAUGAUGAACCCCGCCAUGGGCAUGGCUGGCGGCAUGGGAAUGGGAAUGGGGGGCAUGGGCAGCAUGGGCAGCAUGGGCAUGCAGAUGGGUGCCGCCGCCAACGCCGCCAUGCUGCAACAGCAGCAGCAGCAGCUCAUGAUGGGCAUGGGCAACAACGGUAACGCCAACGCCAUGGGCGGCAGCGGGCUGGCGUCGCCGCAGCAGAGCGGCCUCUUCGCCUCCUCCAUGGGCCAGAACGCAGGUGCCGGCGGCGCUGCUGCCAACGGCGGAAUGCUGCAGCACCAGAUGAGUGGUCUCAUGAACAGCGGCAUGCAGUCCCCGGGCUCCACUCGCAUCGGCACCAACCCGCUCUUCAACGCCGCUCCCUCGCCGCUCAGCUCCCAGCCAGGAGAGGCCAUGGGUGGCGGUGCUGCUGCUGCUGCUGCCGGCGGCGCGGCUGCCUCGGGCCCGCUGGCCUCCCCUGCUGCGGGAGCUGCGGGUGGCGGCGCCGCGGGCGGUGCCUCCGAGGCGGAGAUGCUCAUGCAACUGAUGAACGAGAUCAACCGCCUCAAGUCGGAGUUGGGAGAGCAGCACUGAGGGUUGCUGGUCUGCUGACAUGUGACACCUGACUGACGCACACGGGGAGGGAAGUAAGGCCGAGGUGUUGUGGUUGAUGAGGUUGAUGGGAGGUGGCGCGAGGAGGCUUGGGGAGGCGUUCCAGGAUUAAAUCGGGUUGGUGGGUAUGUGUCGUUACCAAAUUGUUAUGGCAGGUGGUUUAUGUGUUUUACGUCUCGGUACAUCUCGGUAUAUGUCUUUACACGACUAUUGUUGAAAGCAGGCAUGGUUGUAUGGUUGUAAAUGGUAGGUUUUGGAUGGAUCGAAUACCGUUCCUCUGUUUGUUAUGGGAGGGCGGAUGUAUGCAGGGUUGCCUGUUUAGCCUUCAUGACUGGAGGCGAUUGGGUGGGGCUUCGGAGUUGGGGGUUUAGCAAAGUGCUUUGGCAGCCGUACCGCAAGCUACCGUACACAUCUUGUCCGUACACAGCUUGCCGUAUCUUGGGCUGUUAGGGGCGUGUCUCUUGAUUCAGCCCUCUACUUGCCUUGCUGUCCUGCCCGCGUUGCCUGGGCUGGGUUUCUGUUAAAUCGUACGGCCUUAGGGGAGCAAUAAUGAUUGUGGGAUUCAUUUCUUGCGUGACACUUUUUCGGUGGGUAUGCGAUGAGGGGCUGCUAUGUCUUUAGCCGGCCGUUCGCGCGUGAUUACGCUUUAUCGACAUAAAAGAAGUUAUAACAAGCUUUAGCGUUUGAUGGACAUCACCGUACAGAGUGAUCGUAUAGGGUGGUGAAUCUCUGAUUAUCCACAGCUGUGCGAGUUUCUCGUAUAUCGGCCUGCGUCCGCCUGCCUCGAGCGAUUGUAUGUGACCCAAUCGCCGUUUGGAGGUGUGUGAUCCCGUCCCAGUCUAGCUGCAUAGUCCUGCCUGGUGUGCAUGCUGGUGCUGCGGUUGCGGCUGCUGCUGCUGCUGUAUUUUAGCGGCUGCUGCAGUUGCUUCUUGGAGCUAGCUUUGUUUUUCCUUUGCAUCCCUGGGGAUUGGGCGACGCCGAGAGGAGGCCACUUGGCCGGUGGCAGCACAAAGGGUGAAGAGGCGAGGAGCGAUAUGCGGCAUGUGUGUGUGUGUGAUUCUGCUCAAUCGCGGCACGGAAUUCUGGGCCGGGAUUGACUCGCGCACGCGCAUGCAGCGGCGCAUGGAGGGUUAAGCGGAUCUACUGAAGCGGCAUCUUUACUGUAUUUGACUUUGUGAUUAUUGCCGGGCAGUGGUUGUUGAUUGAUGAUGAGAUCUGGGGCGACGAUGCACGCGCGCUGUGCGCGGGGCAAGUUGUGAUUUGCGAGAAGACGAAAUAUUGUUUGCUCCGGAGCUCUGUUGCGAAGGGGGUCCUGGUAGAGCCUCCUUGUGACUGCUGCCUGAGGGGGAGGGAGGAGAGCGGCGAAUGCGGAGAGGCAUUCGUCGUGUGCUCCGCCGGUCGAGCCGGAGUUUGCCUCCCUGUGACACUGGGUCUUGGUCUCUUGAUUGUGUGAUGUGUGAGCAUGCAUACCGGUACCAAUAAAGAUGACACAUGCGUGCAGAGGUCUGUUUCUGCGUGCCUGCAUGACCUCUGCGUGCGUGCAGGGGAUGUCUCCUUGCGCGCACGUAUGUGUAUGUGUGUGAAAGAUGUGACAUGUGAUGCAUCUUGGUACGUCAAUUAGGUUGCUGUUGCUGCGAAACGGGGGGGAGGCUAACUUGCCGUGUCGCUGACUUGCUGUUGCUGAUGCGCGAGGAAAGGCGUGUUGCUGGUUGCUGUUGUUGAAAUGAAAGUUCAAAUCGGUUGAAUUUGCUGCCGGCGCACUUUAGUACAGUAGUUGCGCUAGCGCUGCCGUACUGUUGUUUGGUUUGGCAGCAGUUGCUGGAAGUUCGUCGUUGAUCCCCUCGUCAUUUAUCGUAUAAACAUGGAAGGCGGGGUGUGUUUUCGUGAAGUUUGUGUGCAUCUGGUUAUUGUGUUUGCUGCCUUCCGUCGGAAUGUGUAUCCGACUUGGAAGGUCCAGGCCUAGUGAUGGCUUCGAGUUGCUUGUCGUGAGUUGCUCAUUAGUUGCGUGCAUGUGUAUAUGUACUUGUAUAUCCA